UCUCUCUCUUCUUUCUCAACAGUCUCUCUCUACAAAAAAAAGUUUUCCCCCUUUCUCUCUCUCCUUAACGUCGUCUUAGGGUUUCACGAAAAUUCGCAGUCAAAUUCUACGCUCUCCCGACGAAUCAACACUCGAAGCUAAGCUAAUCUUCUUAUCCACAAGCUUCUCAAUCUUCCGAUGCGGUUUUCUCCCCUUGCCGCUUAAGAUCGAGCUCGAAUCUCGCGUCUCUGAUUAACUCCGGUCCGAUUUUCUCCCAGCUCUGUUUGUGUAGAGAGUAUAAUGGUGAAACUUAGCUAAUCAUCACUAAGACAUAUAAAAUCUUCUUGAAGCAAAAUCAAUGGGAUCUUCUAUUAAGAUCAACUCAAUAUCCAUAGAUCUUGCAGGCGCCGCCAACGAGAUUGAUAUGGUAAAAUGUGAUCAUUUCUCCAUACGUGGAUACGUAGCUGAAACACGUGAGAGAGAUCAUAAAAAAUGUUGGCCGUUUCCGGAGGAGAGUGCUAUUCUGGUGGACCAAGAAAGCUAUUCUCUUCCUUCGCUAUCUGUUCCAAAGUCUAGAUGGUGGCGUUGUAUGAGCUGCAUCAGAGAUAUCAAUGCUGAUGAGACAAAAGAUUGUGGACUGCAUCCAAACUCGAGAGGUUUAUGCGGGAAAAAGAGAUAUAUCAGUGGAAGCAAAUUGAAUUCACUAACUAUUAAUGAUCAGGAGAAAGAAAGGAGAACUGAUGAUAUUACAGGUAAUGCUGUUCAGGAGUUUGAGGAAGGAAACUGCAAAAGAUCUCAGAAGAAUGAUCAGAGAGCUACUACUACAGUUAGGAACAAGGCCAAAAAGCUCGCAAGCCAAGAGCAAGGAAGAAACAAGAGAGCUAAAGCAACAGAUAUUAACAGCUGGAAAGAGAAACAUAACGUGGGUGUUCAAGCUGUGACAACUUUUGGAUCAUCUGAUAUCGCUGGUUUGGUCGAGGAUACGCCUCCUAAAGCCACCAAGAACCAUAGAGACAGUCUUGUUCUAACCCAAUGCGACAACGGGUCAUCAGAGAGUAUAAACCUUGCAAUGACUGGUUUGCAGCGUAGGAAAACUCGCAAGGUUCGUCGACUUAGCGAGCUGCUUGAUCAACCAGAGACCAAAACCAGUGGCGGUACUAGUGACAACAACAUCAGAAAGGAAGAGCCCUCUUCUUCGAAAAGGGGUAGAAAAAGAAAAGUGUUGCCUGAAAACAACUAUGUGAGCAGGAAGUUAAUCACUGUCGGCGCAGCAUCUGAUCAAGAUUAUAGUACAUCAAGUGACAGUGGGUUUGAGAGAGAUCUUAUUAAAGGUAAGCAGAAGAACAGAAGGUUCCAGGUUGUUGACGAGUUUGUACCAUCAGUGCUUCCUUGUGAAACUUCACAAAAGAUUGAUGCAGAUCAUCUUCUUAGUAAGAGUACUGCUUUAUCAGUUCCUUGUCCUCUGAGUGCUCAGAGAACAGAGAAGAAGCUAAGCCUAUCAAGAAAGAAGAAACAUAAGCCUGUAUCAGAUACCGGGAAGAGUAGUACACUGAUCAGCUUUAGUUCCCAAUAUACUGACGAUCGUUUAGCUUCAGAAGGGUAUAUUAGAAAACGUAUCCCUCAGGUUAAUGAUACUAGGCCGGUGAUUUCUUUGCAUGUGCCAGAGAAUAAUGAUCAUGUGAGAUCAAGAGAUGCAGAAGCAAACCGUCUUGGAGAGUUUGGUUCCUCUUCCAAAUCCAACACAGGUGGAUGGUUGAGACCAGGAGUAGAGAAUGCUGUUGACUUCAGCAGAAACAACAACCUUAUAGAUAGAUCUUCUGUGUUGCAAAAGGAUGCUUCUGGAGCUGACAGAAAGGGGAAGACAGUAAUGUUCCAAGAACAUCAUGAGGAACCCAAAAGGCAAAGCCAUGACAGAAAUGAGAAUACUCCUGAAGACCAAAACGACGAUAUUCCCAUGGAGAUUGUCGAGCUCUUGGCCAAGAACCAAUACGAAAGGUGCCUUCCAGACAAAGAAGAGGACGUUACCAACAACAACAAACAGACGUCACAAGACACAACACACAAACCCAAGAACACUCUAUUGAUUGAUCUCAAUGAAACCUAUGAUAGCGGAGCCUCGCUGGAGGACAACAACACAUCAUCAAGACCACCAAAACCAUUUGAAAGCGUUAAUGCAAGGAGAGAGGAACAACAACACAUCAAGUCUCUUGACUUUUUCCCCAUAAGUCAACCCUAUGUGCCUUCUCCGUUUGGGAUCUUUCCUCCUCCACAAGAAAACCGAGCUAGCUCCAUCAGGUUCUCUGGUCACACCUGCCAGUGGCUUGGUAACGUCCCAACUAUGUCUACUCAGCCCCCAUAUAGGGUACUACGUCCGUGUAACACCUGCCAGAGUGGUCCACACCAAUACAGAGAAGCAGCUUCUCAUCCAAUAUGGGCAUCUUCAAUGAGACCACCACCACCACCACAGUGUCAUCACCAUACGCCAGUCUCUUUCAACAUGGAUCCGUCAACGAAGCUUGGUAUGCUUCCACAGCCACCACCAAGAAACGACAAUACAUGGAACCUCAACUUUGUCUCCGCCGCCGCCAACGGGAAGCAAAAGUGUGGGCCUAGUACUUCAGAGUUCUCGUUUGGGUGCAAACAUGGUGGUGGAGUUAAUAAUAGUAGACCAGUGGAGGCGUUCUCUAGUGAUAGUUCUAUACCUGCGUUGCAUCUACUCAGCCUUAUGGAUCCUCGGGUUGGACCAAACAGUACUCCCUCUGACCACCAGGGAAACACUAAUGCUACUAAAAGACACUUUCCACUUGUUAACCAGCAGCCCAAGGAACGUGUAGAGAUUCAAACAGGAGACUCUAGUAAGACAGCAGCCUAUCCAACCAAGCAGUCACCUUAUGAUUAUUACAACAAGAGCUUCCCCAUCGGUCCACCGCUCGGUGCGUCUUCGUUUUCGUUUCAAAAUGCACAAGCUCCAUGGGUUCAUCAUCAAGAGAAUAAAACCAAGAGAAAAGAGCCGGACCAAGGGAGAUUCCAGCUGCUAGGGGCAUCAGAUUCAAUGAAGCUCCCUUUGAAGUUUCACAUGAUGGAUAAAGAGAGGAAACAGAACAGAAAAGCAGAGAGCUGCAGUAAUAAUGCCUCCGCGUGGCCUCCAAAGAACAGUUGCGGACCCAUUGUGUGCAGCGUGAGUAGAAACCCGGCUGAUUUCACCAUUGCUGAACCUGGGAAUGUUUACAUGUUAACGGGUGAGAGUCUCAAGGUUCGAAAACGCGCGAUCUACAAGAAAAAACCAAGCUUGUCUAAGCAAGAUGCACUGAACCAGACUAUGAAGGCUGUUCGUCCAGUUACAGAAAAUGUCUAGAGAUAAUAUACAACGUGGACGAGACAUGUGCCCAUGGUGAGAGGAAGAGGGCUUACAAAGAGUUCACACCAUUUCUACAUUGAAACCAAGAAUAAGUCAGACAGGAAACAGAAAGUGAAAUUUUAUUUCCUUUUUCUAGUGAAAUCACGAAUAAUCCAGACACCAGUUCUUAGAUUUGUGUGCCCUCUUCACAUCUCUUCUCUUAUGUUUGUUUGUUAAGGUAUACUUGGAAACACUCAGCCUGUGUGUAUAUUUUCAGACCUUCAUUGUGUUUGAUAUUUUGUAUUAGUAAAGAUAGGAGUAUCCACAUGUUUUCAAA